AUGCAGCAACUCUGGUGCAUUGAGUUUUCUAGCCUCGACCCUGCUCGCCCGCUUGUUAGCGAGUACGGGUCACGACGUUUCCGUCUAGGCCGGGAAGACGCUCACGUGGUUCAAGUGCUGCACACGAACGCUGGAUUUCUGGGCGAGAGUGGAGCUGUUGGCCACGCUGACUUCUGCAUCAACGGCGGGAAGAGACAACCAGGUUGCAAAGGGCAUUUAAUGCGUAUCGCACGUUGCAGUCACUUUAUGAGCUCCUGUUACUUCGCUGCAAGUGUGAGAAAGCGAUUACAUAUCGUUGCCGUGCCAUGCGAGAGCACAUGCCCCAAGCAAGGUCGUUGGGGUAUCAGACAUGACCGAAAGUCUGUGCUGCUUGGCGAUGAAAUACCCGAUAACUCACGAGGCAUGUUUUGCGCAACUGUUGAUCAAGAAGAAGACUGCCCCUUCGAU